GCAUUAUCUCAAGUAAUUAAGAGUUGCUUUCGAUCACUAAUCUGCCUUUUAUUUAGUUUCUCUUGAGACACUUGUUUUGGAAACAUGAAUAAGUACAACAUAAGUACCAUCUUCAGUUGUUGGCUUCUGUUGUUUCUUUCUCAGCAGGCAAUAUGCACUACAGCUCAAGUACCAGAUGAGGUUGAAGGGGAGUUUGAAUAUAUCCCGGGGAGCGAGAGGGGUCCGGCACGCUGGGGAUUCCUUAGGGAAGAAUGGGCAAAGUGUAGGACUGGACGCAGGCAAUCUCCCAUAAACAUUGUGAAUUCGAUAGUCAGAAAAGUCCACAACAGAGGGCAGCUAAAGUUCAACUAUAAGCCUGCUAAUGCAAUCGUACGUAAUUCAGGUCAUGACAUCGCGAUUGAAUGGACUGGUGCUGCCGGAUCAGCUCAAUUCAAUGGCGUUAACUACUCCCUCGUACAAUGCCACUGGCACUCACCCGCCGAGCAUCUCAUCAAUGGCAGGAGGUAUGACUUGGAGUUGCACAUGGUUCACACAAACUCAAGCGAUAUAGUCGCGCUUGUUGUUUCUCAGCUAUACCAAAUUGGCCGUCCCGAUCCAUUUCUCUCACAGUUCACGGCGGAAAUAACAUCUCUGAUUAACCAAGUGGGAAAUAGGACAAAGGGCGUGGUCGAUCCAAGAAGCGCAAGAACGGAUUCUGCCAACAUGUUUUACAAUUACCUUGGCUCUCUCACUACUCCUCCCUGUAAUGAAACUGUCAUUUGGAUCGUCAAUCAAACGAUAAGUACUGUUGCAAGAGAACAAGUAGCGCUGCUUCGUGAAGCUGUUUUCGAGUAUGCGGAGAUGAACGCAAGACCAGUGCAACCUCUCAAUGACCGGGAGAUCCUCCUCUACCACUAAGAAUGAAGUUGCGGAUCAUGAUCAGCUGUCAUAAAUUUAUAUAUAUUUGGCAGUUGGGGAAUAAAGCAGAAGGGAAUAAACAAGAAAUCUACUAGCUGGAUAGCUAGAACAACAAAAACUUGUAGUAUUAUCUUUGUAUAAUGUCUAAAAACUUCUGUUUGUAUG